GGUUGGGGGGGGGCGUGCGCGCGCAUGGCGUGGGCGGACAGACACGCAAACACCCACCGGCACUCCUCCCGUGUCACGGAGCAGGCAGCACACCUCUCCCGACCAAUAAUGUGAACAAAACAUCAGUCUGGAUCAGAUGUUUAAAAACUCCUCGUCGUCGCUUCUUUUUGCCACUCCACACACGCACAUACACACGCACGCACGCACGCACUCCCCGCGAGGCUCCAUUCAUCCAGCAGGCUCUGCGGUCCGGUGUGACAUGCGGCAAUGUCCCGUGCAGGAAUAUGCCCACGCGUGAACUCUCGCGGAGCUUUUGGGAUUUUUUUGCUGGCGCUCUUAUUGGCGGCGAGCGCGUUCGAGGUGGGCGCGUACAGCUGUCAUGAGGUGAGAGCCGCCUUCCAGAUGAGGCAGGUUGGCCCGCUGCACCGCGUCCCGGAGACACCUGGCACAGAUGUGGAUCUCUUGGUCUGCAAGCACCAGGGCCCAUCUUGCUGCACCCGCAAGAUGGAGGAAAGCUACCAGUUUGCAGUGAAGCGAGAAACCCUCCACAACAUUUACUCAUACAGUUACGAGCUGAAGCACUUGAUCGCUGGCCACUCGGAUGCCUUCCAGGACAUGUUCCAGUACCUGCUAUCCUUCUCUCAAGGACACCUGAGUUCUCUUCUGGAAGGGACCUACACCCCGCUUUCUCAUCAAGCUUUGCCCCACGUUAACCAACUCUUUGCCUCACUCUCCCUUUACCUCCGUGGGGCAAAUGUGUCAAUGGAGGCGACAGUCCACCAUUUUUUCAAUAACCUCUUCCCCCUCGUCUAUACACGACUUAUCAAUCCAGGCAUUGUAGGCAGCAUGGCGGUGCACACCGGCAUGACGGACUGCCUCCGUAUGAUCAGACAGGAGGUCAACCCUUUCGGGCCUCAUCCAGCUGUCAUGGCCCAGGAGCUAGCCGAUGCAAUGAGUGUGGGCCGACAAUUGGGCCUUUUCCUCGAUGAAGGUCUGGAGGUGCUGAACGCCACCGAACACAUCAGCUUGACUAAAGACUGUGUGAAGGGCCUGGUAAAGAUGGUGUACUGCUCACACUGCAGAGGCCUGACUCUCAUCAAACCCUGCGUGGGUUAUUGUCUCAAUGUUAUGCGUGGUUGCUUGGCCAGCAUAUCUGAGCUGGAUCAGCCUUGGAGGAGGUAUACCAACUUGUUGGAACAGCUAACUCACGCCAUGGUGGGGCACCACAGCCUGGAACUCGCACUGCUCGGAGUGCGGGGCCAUGUGAACGAGGCCUUGCUCUAUGCACAGCUUCACGGUCCACUCAUCACAGCCACAGUAGACAAGGUGUGUGGCCUGAUGACCAGGGCGCCUACCGGCAUGCAGCCUACCGGACCGGGGGUCACAACCCCCACCAUGAUGUCAUCAACUCCGCUUCCUUCUGCUGCCCCUUUCAAACCUCUGCCAGACCAGUGGCUCGGGCAGCUUGCCCAUUUGAGGAGCUCGCCCCCACUGAAACCCUCCAAGAGCAAUAAACAUAGUCUGAGAACACUCUCUAGGGACUUCCUGAUGUACGUGCAGCGCUACAAGUCCUUCUAUGCGGUCCUGCCAGAGAUGCUGUGCGAAGGGGAAAACGUGGUGGAUGAUGCCACAUGCUGGAGUGGAGAUGAAGUGGUGGAGAGUUACACAGGCACAGUGGUAGGAAACGGUCUGCACGCACAGAGACAGAAUCCAGAGGUCAAAGUUCGCAGCGCUAACCCCUCACUCGCCGAAGUCAAGGAGAGGCUUGAAACCUUCAACCAGGAGACCCAGGAGAAAUUUCCAAAUCUGGGCCAGAUGGAGGCCUGGGAGGAGCUGGGCAGUGGUGAGACGGAGGGUAGCGCCACAGAUUGUGAUGAUGAAGAUGGAUGUCAAGCCUCAGGAGACAGUCAAGACACAACCUUACACACAAAAGGCUCCAGUGAAGUUGGAUCCAUCGAGCCUAUAUUGGACAGUCCAAAGGAGAACCCAGCCAAGCCCCCCUCAGUACGGGUGGUAGGGGGCUCCCCGUCGGGCAGCUGGCCGGGACUCUGCAGCCUCGUGCUGAUCCUCGCUGCUCUUUGCUCACAAUGGACCCUGUUUUGAUGCCAAUGUGACUCGGUCUAUAAGAAACUGCAUACUGACUUUCACAUCCAACACACACAUCACUUAUGGACUCCUCUAUGUUGUUGGAUGACGGAGGAAAAGAGGACAACUGCAAGAACGUCUUGUUCUGGAGCUCGCCAAGCGUGUGUUUGCUAAAGCUGAUCCCAUGCACGCACACACACACACACACAGACACACAUCUUCAAACAAAAUCCCUACUGCUUCCUCUCGGCUCUUCUGUCCAUGAAAUGGGCGAGACAUGCGUGCGUACACACACCAACACAGCCUUGCGCUCUCAACACACCCUUGGCCAUUUAGAAGAGGACUGCGCCAUGGUGAUCUUACGAAGGCUUGCACAUAUGCCAAUACACUUUAUUUUUUCCCCUACCUUUUAUUUUGCCAUCGCAAACCACUGCAUCAUCUUCCGCUCACGCAGAAGAGCUCAUUUCAAAACAUAUUUCCUGUGUGAGGAUUAUGGAAUGCAUGCUAGAUUACUAAAUCGGUUCCAGACGCCUAACCCAAAACGGCAGAUUUGAUAUCCUCUAACAGCUGUGUAUCUUGGCUCAGAUUAGAAUGUAACGCGUGUGCAGGUGAGCGCCCUCGCACAUGUGCAACUAGGUGUUUAUAGUAAGUGACUGUAUAUAGGUGGAAUGAUCUGACAGUGUAAAAGGUUCAGAUUCGGCGUAAAGCUUGUAGUGACUGAUGGUGCUUUGUGAGCUGUUCAAAUGGAUUGUGCUCAUGUGCUCUGAAUAUACAGGGAUGUAUUUUCAAUGCAAAACUAAAAGCAGCGAGGGUACAAAGAAAGCCAGUAUGUCAUUGAUUUUAUGAAAGUUUAGCGCACAUCCUCUUUUGUGUGUUGUAUUGUGGAACUGCACAUCCAUUCAUGCAUGAAGUGAAAAAUAUUGGUAUGAGCAGGAUCAAUGUAAGAAACAUUUUGACAAAAAAAACAUUUUUUUAAAUAAUUUGCCCAAAAUCUCAAACUGAUGAAGUGGAUCCUAAAGACCCUGUAAAGUGAAUUCAGAGCUUUGUUUCUGAAUACAUUAUUAUGUUUGAAGAUAAUUUCUGAAAACAUGCAAAGACUGGGAACGAUGUAGUACCGGUAUUGAAUUGUGGCGGUAUAGUGUUAAACUGUUUUUCACCAUUUCAGUUUUCAUAAUGGAAGAAUGAGGGGGAAAAAAUAAGUCAAACAUGAUAGCCAGCGUGUGGACUGCUGGCGUGCUUUAAAGCACCUUGUUAUCAGCUGCGAGUGGGUGUACGUUCCAGAGAGAAAGGCAGACACGCUAGGAAGAGAAAAUAAAGGUCUGACAGCCAGCAUGUAAACAGGGGCUUUGCGCUGGCAUGGUAGCUUUAGAGUGCCUCAUUGUCGCAGCGUGGAAAACCCCCCCAGCAACCCGGAUGGAUAUAUUCCAACCACUAGAGCCAUUACGCGGAUAUAUUUUCACAGCAAAAGCAUAGUUAAAGGCCUUUUCACGCCACACUUGGCAACGCGCCGUCGUCAAACCCAUUCAUUGUGUAUGUGCUGAGGGGGCAUGAGCACGGAAUGCCAGUACGGUUGGCGGUGUGAUUUCUGGGUGCUAUUUUGGUGGACUUGUACUGUAAACGAGAUGGGGUGCAAGUGUCCCGAGGUUUGGGAAAACAGAAAAAAUGAUACCGAGACGUCUGUGCAGUAGGCUUUCAAACAGCUCCUUGCUCAGCCUGAAAUAUACCUUCCAAGCGCUCUUCAUGGAAUUGUAGCUGACAAACGAGCUUAAACUUUCCAAGAUCCUGCCGUGAAAUUAGUAUGGCAUGCAUCCAUUCCCUUUUUUUUUUAUUUUAUUGUUCUAUUUUUUUUUAUUUUUGCUCCUCCUUAAAGUAAGAAAAGCCAGAGCUUUCUUUUGCAACAAUGACAACUACAUAAUGCCGAGGUGCAGUUUACUCGUCUACGACUACCAGCGGGGAAAGCCUCCCUACUUCCUUUCAGACUGCUACAUCAGCACUUUCAAAUUAGGGCGAGGUCACACCGGGACGCCGUACUGUUCACACUGAGUGUGUUGUGAAAAGGCCUAAUGAAAGAUGCUAGAAUAACUAGCAUCCAUUUUUACAAAUCACAGUAGUGUAUUUGAUUGACAGUUGGGGUGCGGGUUCAGCGCAUUCAGGAGACUCGCCCACAGCAUUUGAGAGUGGAGAGAAGAGCUUAAUUUCUCAUGAAUUUGAGAUAAGAUUUUAGAUAAAAUCUUGAUCUAAAUUUGGCAGGGUUGUCAACAACAUUCUUAUCUGUGGUGUGUCAAGUUAAUUAUUUUCACUUUACAGGGAAUUAAACACAUAAAUUGUGUUCUUAAAGAUACAUUCAACACAAAGCAGGGCCCAGUCCCCACUUCUCAUUUAUUUCCUAUAUCCAAUUUGUUUUUACUGUCUAUUUACACGUACAUUUCCAGUAACGGUAUGGGCCAGCGGCAACAGGUAAGUAAAUAAGAACAAAUAAAUUGUCAUUUUUAAACUUACCAUUGAAAAAAGUAAUUUGUAAUUUUUAAACUUACCACUUAGUAGGCCUGGGCUGACAAUUAGUGUAACUCCCUUCCCCCACCACCCCUUGGUUACGGUCCAGAACCCCACCCACCCUCACCCGCGAUAAGUAAAAUAGAAAUUUCCUAUUUAAAUACACCUGAGCUCCAGUAUGUUUACAUAACAUUUACGAUAAUUACAUUUUUUUAAGGUGUUCAAACAUACUUUACACGUUUAUAAUAUUAGAUAUUAAUAAUAUGUAAAUGUAUUGUACAACAGUAUAAAAAAAAUACAGUAACAACUUUUAUAACACUUACGAAGGGGAAAUACCGGGACUGUGAAAACUGAACGGCGAUAUAGCUGGGGUUUACUGUACCCCCAUUGAUUUAAAUGAGGGAAACUUCCACACUCCUCCACUGGCCGCCGUCAGCCGUUAGUUUGCUUAUUUAAUGAUCGACACAUCUCUAAUGUCACAGAUUUGGUCUAUGCUGUCGCUGUAGUUUUAGAGUUUAGAUUGACAGUGGGUGUUUUAUUUUGUGUUUGUGUUGUUUGGGUAUGCACACGUAGGUGAUUGGCAAAUCUUGAUGACAUCUGGCUCACAUUGACUGGGUAUAUUAGAUCUGUCCUUUUAUGCUUCAAUUUACUUGGCAGAUAUUCGUUACUUCGGAUUUUGAUCCAGAUUUGUAAGAGGCCUGAUUUUGAUCUGAGGAUUCUGUGCGCUGUUUACGUUUUCCACUGCCAUGGCGUAUGUCCAAAUGUUGUCACUUGGGGGGAGUGGUGGGGGGGGGGGGGGUGUGUGAAUUGUCGCAAACCAUGUAGUGCAGAUCUGAAUAGUGUCAUAAGACAUUUUAAUAUGUUUACUGCUGCUAUUGUCAGAUUCAGCAGGGUGGUAGCCAUUGUGCUAGCCCUUCUUAAUGAAUUAAUUGUGUGUUCCGUUCUAAUGCUGGAAAUGUCUUUCUUUCAGUCACGAUAACAGUAAUGUCCCCGUACCCACCCACCCUAAUGCCGAACGUUCCUCGCAAAUCCAAUAGAUUACAAGUAAAUCCGUAUUUGUCUCUGUGCAGAAGAAGCUGAACAAGCAAGCUCGGCUGCUUAUACAAUGACCCUCAUCCUGCUUGCCUUCUUGUGUAAAUGUUGCUGCUGUUGUUGGAAGGUGAAGCACACGAUAUUAGUGAAUGUAUGCUCAGCAAGACUAUGCCGAUACAGUAUUAAAGCUGGCAAUGCCUAAAAGAUGCACAUGUACAUUUCAGCUCUGUUAGGUUGCUGUUGGUCUGUGACACAGCUCUCCGUGACACUGGGAAAUGUCUUUUGUCUAUGCAAAUACUUUCUGUAAGAUGAUGCUGCGUUCAAUGACACAUGGGGAGCAUAAGAGGUAUAAGAUCAUUUACCAGUUGAAAAUGUGUCAAAAUCUGUUCUGAUCAUAAGUCUUUAAUUCUUUCCCCCAUCUCACACAGAUACUCACCGCCGUAUAUUGUCGCAUGUGUAUAAAUGUACAUAUUUAAGUAAAUUAUCUUGUUUUGUG